UACAUGCGCCUUAGCAACACAUAGCAACGGAAUGUUGACAGUGGCGGCCAGGCAGGCUGUCCGUCAUGACAUCUUUCCGCCAUACCUUCAUACCAUUCGUCAUGUCCAUGGCCUGAAGAGACUGUGACGUAUGUGGCAUGAAUAGACUGUAAAGUAUGUGGCCUGAAUAGACUGUAAAGUAUGUGGCCUGAAGAGACUGUAAAGUAUGUGGCCUGAAGAGACUGUAAAGUAUGUGGCUUGAAGAGGUUAUAAGGUUUGUGGCCUGAAGAGACUGUAGGGAUCUCAUUCCUCUUUGCUAUUUCUCGGUAUCUGGUAGCGGGACGCAUCCGAUCCCUCGAUCCUCCUCAACCGACAAAAACAACAACACCGAGGCUCAGUGAUAGGGUGUGGCGACUACACUGAGGAUCAGCGACAGGGUGUGGCGACUACACUGAGGAUCAUCGACAGGGUGUGGCGACUACACUGAGGAUCAGCGACAGGGUGUGGCAACUACACUGAUGAUCAGCGACAGGGUGUGGCGACUACACUGAGGAUCAUCGACAGGGUGUGGCGACUACACUGAGGAUCAGCAACACGGUGUGGCAACUCUACCGAGGCUUGGCAACGGUGUGGCGACUACACUGAGGCUCAGAGACAGGGUGUAGUAGCUACACUGAGACUAAGUUGGCCUCAGUGUUUCUUCUCAUAAUUGGUCGUGCAAAGUAACUUUGUAAUGAUGAUGCUGCAGAAUAUCCAGAUCCGAGAUGGGGAAUAUACCAAGACUAUAUAUUCUCUGAUUAAGGAGCAGCGCUACAGUGAGGCUGUACAAAUACUGAAUCAUAUUAUAGAGUCUUACCCAAGUAUGACAUCACGUGCUGCAUUGUCUCUCCUGGCCUACUGCUACUUCUACAUGCAAGACUUUGUCAAUGCUGCCAACUGCUAUGAACACCUCACCAUUAUUUUUCCUGAGAUUGAGGACUAUCGCUUGUACUAUGCACAGGCCUUAUACCAGGCAUGUCUGUAUGAAGAGGCAAUGAAAGUGACUCAUCAGAUAGAGGCACCAGAGUAUGCUGGCCGCAUUACCAAGCUUCAGGCAGCCAUCAAGUAUGGAGAAGAGGACCUCCCAGGGGCCAAAAGCUUGGUAGAUCAAUGUCCCACAGAUGACCCAGACACAGAAGUCAACCAUGGAUGUCUGCUGUAUAAGGAAGGACGGUAUGAAGAAGCUUGUCAGAAGUUUGGCAAUGCAUUGCAAGUGGCCGGUUACCAGCCUCAUUUAUCAUACAACAUCUCGCUGUGUCACUAUCGUCUCAAGCAGUUUGCUCCUGCCCUGAAGCAUAUUGCUGACAUAAUUGAACGUGGUAUUCGAGAGCAUCCAGAGCUGAGUGUGGGUAUGACCACUGAGGGUAUUGAGGUGCGCAGUGUUGGCAACACCCUCACGCUGCACGAAACAGCGCUCAUCGAAGCCUUCAAUCUGAAGGCUGCUAUAGAGUACCAGCUAAAAAAUUUUGAGGCUGCUCGUGAAGCACUGACCGACAUGCCUCCACGCUCAGAAGAAGAACUUGAUGCUGUUACUCUCCAUAAUCAGGCUUUGAUGAACAUGGAGACGAAGCCAACUGAAGGAUUUGAGAAACUGCAAUUCCUUUUGGGUCAAAAUCCAUUCCCUCCAGAAACCUUUGGUAACCUUCUCCUUCUCUACUGUAAAUACGAGUAUUAUCAUUUAGCAGCUGAUGUCCUUGCAGAAAAUGCUCAUCUCACUUACAAAUACCUAACACCACAUCUCUUUGACUUUCUUGAUGCCCUGAUUACCCAACAAACUGCAGCAUCGGAGGCAUAUCGCAAAUUUGAUGAACUAGGAUCACGUCAUAUAGAGUUACUGCGGAAACUGACGAAGGUAGUACAGGAGGCUCGACAGAAUCACGAUGAUGAUCAAGUCAAGACUGCUGUCAAUGAAUAUGAAGAGGUUUUGGAAAGGUACAUCCCAGUCUUGAUGGCUCAGGCAAGGAUAUAUUGGGAUAUGGAAAACUAUUCCCAAGUCGAGAAAAUUUUCCGAAAGUCAGUCGAGUUCUGCAAUGAAUCUGAUGUUUGGAAGUUGAAUGUAGCCCAUGUUCUAUUUAUGCAAGAGAACAAAUUCAAGGAAGCUACUGGGUUUUAUGAACCCAUUGUGAAGAAGAAUUAUGACAAUAUUCUGAAUGUGAGUGCCAUUGUUCUAGCCAACCUGUGCGUCUCUUAUAUCAUGACCAGUCAGAAUGAGGAAGCUGAGGAGCUCAUGAGGAAGAUUGAGAAAGAGGAGGAACAAUUGGCCUAUGAGGAUCCAGAGAAGAAGAUAUAUCACUUGUGUAUUGUUAAUCUUGUUAUAGGGACACUGUAUUGUGCCAAAGGCAAUUAUGAGUUCGGCAUCUCGCGAGUGAUCAAGAGUCUCGAGCCUUACAACAAGAAGCUGGGAACAGACACUUGGUAUUAUGCCAAGAGGUGUUUUCUCUCCCUCAUUGAGAACUUGGCCAAGCACAUGAUAACUGUGAAGGACUCGGUUAUUCAGGAGUGUAUACAGUUCCUGGAGCACUGUGAAGUGUACGGAAGGAAUGUGAAGGGGGUAAUAGAACACCCACUGGAAGAAAUGGCCAUCCAUCCUGGGAAGAACACAGUGACGUAUGAAUCCAGGUUGCUGAAAGCUCUACUUCUACAAAUUCAACGCAUGUAGGAUUUUUUAUAAAAACAAAUCUCAGUAAUGUGUUUCAUGUAUGUUCCUAGUCACCUAUAUUUAUACAGUACUUUAGUAAAUUACUAUAACACACCAUAGUGGCCUUUAACAUAUCAUGGGAUCAAGUCUGGUACAAUUUCUACACCAUUAUCACACCUCAAUAAAUAAAUAACUUAAUCAGUGUAACGUAUUACUUUAUACUGUACAGUACUGUAGAAUUUUGCACUUAAUUUUUAUGAAACUAAAUUAAAAAAAAAAGCUUUGAUCCUACUAAUAUCAAUGCAAAUAUAUAAUUCAUAUACA